GUGUUUUUCACAAAUGCUUCUAUACGGCCUUUUGUUGGUGUUCUCUUGUUUCUCGUUCAGGGAUGUGUCUGCGGUGUGUGAAAGGGCCAGUAUCUGUGUGACGGAUGCGACGGCGGAGAGUCAGUGUGGGGCAGGUCAAACGUUCGAGCCAGAUGGAUCGCAUAUAUUCGGGUGUUGCCCGGUGUGUCAAGCAAGCAGUGGAAUACCCGUAGAGGAGGAAGGCUGUAAAGAACCUUCAUUGUGUUUAGACGAUGGGAGAUACGGUCCAGUGCAGUGUAAGGGUGAUAUGUUCACGGGAAGAUGUUUCUGUAGCGACGAAGACGGCAACAGGAUAUUUGGACAGAUGUGGAGGAGCGAGGCCAGUGAAAUGACUUGCGCCUGUAGUAGAAGAAGAGCGGAGUUAGAAGCUCAAGGCAGAAGUGACGUUACCCUUCACUGUACUCCGACUGGUAAUUACGAGCCGUUGCAGUGUGAUGAUGGAUUCUGCUGGUGUGCUGAAGCUAGCACUGGACAGCCAACAGUACCGCCGGUGCCACAGGAAAAUAUGAAUAUGCUACCUUGUUACAGCGCCGCAAUGAUUGGAGAACAGUACCUCCGCCGCUGCGAAAGCCUCGUGUACGCAUUAGGCGUGAUCAACCAAGAGCAGUCUGAGCACGGAACCAACUUCCUAGGGAACCCCAAUACGUUCUGCGAUUACGAUGGAAGCUACGGGCCUUAUCAGAUCCAGAACGGCAUUGCCUAUUGCACGAAUAAGGAGGGAGAAAUUUUAGGCGCCUGGCAGGCCAUGUCGAGCGAAAUGGCUGGAAUGAAUUGCAACUGCGCUCGUGACACAAUGAUGUAUUUCCCCGAACGCGGCAUGACCGUCACGGAUGUCUGCCAAGGCAACGGCAACUACCGCCCUAAUCAAAACGUUGGCGAUGUCUACUAUUGUGUAGACACGGAUGGCUAUUACAUCGAGCUGCUGGACGCGUGGCCUGCCGACCAAUGUGCCAGUUACGCAUAAAUAAAUCUCUGUCUACAUAUAUUUGU